AUGGACGAAAGGGCCGACAUGAUGUCGGCGUUCAUCGAAGCUGGGAGGUUGUCCGUUGGAGCUGCGUGGCUGGCCGCCGGGGCCGUAAUUUGCGCCCUUUUGUGCUUCUGGGCGGCGCCUUCUGCCGAGGCUGUACCGGAAUUGCUGGUGGUAUGUUUACGUUUUGCUGCGGCUUUUCGAGGAGCGGAAG